AUGCUACACAUUACAGGCCUCAAACGCCUUCUUCCUCUCCUGAGCCUCGUCUUCGUUUUCGAGGGUUCAUGGAGGAUCGUCGCUGACGCCCUCGCGCUGCGCGCAGCCUCUAGAGCUGAGAAGACGCUCGCAGCCCCAGCUCCGUCGGCGAUGACUCCCCUGACAGACGGUCAGGUCGUGGAGAUGUCGGCUGCGGCCUUCCGGAGUGUGCGCGCUUGGUGCAGCGCGUACCAGGCGCAGUGGCAGACGAACAACCAGAUGUGCCUGAAUCGAGAGCUGGGCGAGGCCUUCAGGCAAGCUGCUGCGCUCGGGCCGAACGGGCUCUUCGACUUCCGAACGUACACAGGCUUGGAGAUUAAACAAACAGCGGAAGCAUCGGGCACCAACGCUCCCGUUCAGGCAGUCAACGACCCGAACUCCCCCACACACGCUGCGAAAUACAUCUACGGGACUGUGUGCACCGGCGAGCUCAAUUACGCCUGCAAGAAAAUCCUCGAAGCCAACGUGAGCACAGACAUGACCGACAACAUCGGCGUCCCGAGUUCAGAGGAAGUGGAAAAGAUUCUCGCGCACUUCGACAAGCAGACACCGCUGGAGGCCGCCGCGAGUGCUGAAGCUGAGGAAAAAAUGCUUCCCGCGCCCUCGUCCGACGAAGUCGAGUCCAGCAACGGGGCAGAGAGCACAUCCGCAGGUACCACUCCGACCUCGACCCCUGCGGGGGCGCAAGCUGACGAGACCGCGGAGGGCUUGGCUGCAGGAGAGAUGUCGGAGGAGAACGGGGCCAAAGAACAAGGCGCGACAGUCGAAGCGGACGACGACCUCAUCGCUGGGGCUGUGGUUGACGAUGAAGAAAACCCCGCCGCGUCGACGGACAGCGACCCUCUUGCCUUCUCUGACGAGGCAGGUGACGACGACGACCAGGGAGUUCAGUAUGCCGACGAGAAAGAGAGCUCAUCUGCCUCGGACAGCCAGGGAGAACCCUUUGAAGCUUCUGAAGAGGACGGCUCGUCUGCUGCUCAGUCCGAUGGCCAAGCUGCACCUGCUGCCGCCCCCGCCGUCGCUCCUAGCCCCCAAGCCGCCGCCGCCGCCGCAGCCCCUGACACCCAAGACAUGCCUGACGUCGCUGCGGCGGGAGGCAAUUCGGCAGCCGCUGAGCCUCAGGGAGCUGCCGCGGAGCCUCAGGGAGCUGCCGCGGAGCCUCAGGGAGCUGCCGCGGAGCCUCAGGGAGCUGCCGCGGAGCCUCAGGGAGCUGCCACAGACGCUGUAGCCGACGCACAAACUGCUACCUUUCCGCUCGGCGUCGCCCCAUAG